CACAUGCAGACUUAAGCCAGCAUGGAAGGUGAAAACUAAGGAUUUAGCAAGUAGAAACUCUAUGGAAAGAACUUUUAGAAUCGCAAUUGUAAUUUAGCAGGACUACAGUUAGUGUGAAUGGAUUUCGUGCCAACAUUUCCCUUGUUUUUUCCUGCUGUGUGAUUGACGCCCACGUCAACCGUAUAGUCUCGAUUCUAAAUAUUCGUUUUACAAAUUUUCUCGAUGCAUUCGGCAUUUAUGAUAAGCUCACUGUGAUGCUCUGCAAGAAAAAAAGCACCAGAAACUAUGAAUGAGAGAAGGAGAGAGGAAGACAACCUAACAUCACUCGCAGACCUGAGCGAAAAGAGCCUCCUGGACGCCAUUUCGUGCCGCUACUCGCGGGAUAUCAUCUACACUGACGUUGGAGACAUUCUUGUUGCAGUGAAUCCCUUCAGAGAACUCGAAGAAUGUUAUUAUAGCGAGGAUGCCUCCAAGAAGUAUGCUGCUGAUGGCUCCUGGGAUGAAUUACCGCCUCACAUCUAUGCUGUAGCUGCCAGAGCCUUCACUGCCAUGCUUCACAGCAAAAAGAGUCAGAUUUGUGUCAUCAGUGGAGAAAGUGGAGCAGGAAAGACAGAGUCGUCAAAGUUGGUGAUACAACAGUUAAUUAGGAUGAGCAGAUCUAGUGGGUUUGCUAAGAAACUUCAGAGAAAGAUAACAAAGCUUGAUCCUGUUUUGGAAGCUUUUGGAAAUGCACGGACGGUCUUAAACUCCAAUUCUAGUCGAUUCGGCAAGUUUGUUCAAAUCUUCUUCUCUCCUCUUCAAGGCGGGAUAGUAGGAGCAAGUCUUGAGCAUUAUCUCCUUGAGAAGUCACGAGUUUGUCAUCAGAACUUAAAAGAGCAGAAUUUCCACAUAUUUUAUCACUUAUUGUACGGGUCUUCUCCAGAUGUUCUUAAAACUCUAAAGCUCGAGGUACAAACUCAAUCUUCUCAAUAUCAGUAUCUCCCGGCAAAUGAUUUGACGGCAUCCAGAGCCAUUACAAAGAAGGACUCUUUUGAUCGAAUAGAGAAGUGCAUGGUGGAGAUUGGAUUCAAUCCUAAUGAGAUACUGGAGGUCAUUACAAUCCUGGCUGCCAUCUUACACAUUGGCAACAUUGAGUUUGGCAGUCAGACCAGGGAAGAUGAUUCAGCCAUUAUACUAAAUAAGGAAGGAGCCAAGACUGUCACUGAAUUAUUGGGUCUGGAGUCCGCGGAGCACUUAUCAUUUGCACUAACAACCCUCCGAACUACAACAAGAGGGGAAACUGUGGAUAAGCUCUACACUCCCUCGAAAGCUCGUGAAACUCGUGAUGCUAUGGCCAAAGAGCUUUAUUUCCGACUCUUCAGUUGGUUGAUUUCAAGAAUCAACGUCUACUUGAACUGUCAGGAUCCUUCAAGGACCCUAACCAUUGGUAUCUUGGAUAUUUUUGGAUUCGAGUGCUUUCGUGUUAACAGUUUCGAGCAGCUCUGCAUUAAUCUAGCUAACGAGCAGUUGCAGCAGUACUUUAACGAGCAGAUAUUUGCAAUGGAAAAGGAGGAGUACGAGAAGGAGGGGCUGGAGGGUGUGGCUAUAUCUUACCAAAGCAACCAGCCUGUGCUGGACCUCCUGUUAUCUAGACCUAUUGGUCUAUUGUCACUGAUCGACGAACAAUGCAGAAUCAAUGGAAGGGAUGAUGCCAUUAUACAGCUGUACAAGGAGAAUUUCAAAAAGUCCCCAGUCUAUAAGGCACAUAACGGAAACAGAGCAUCCUUUACUAUAAGGCAUUAUGCAGGAGAUGUUGAGUAUCAAGCUAGCGGCUUCAUUGAUAAAAAUAAGGAUUCUUUACCAGACCCGGUUCAGGGGGUUCUGAAAUUUUCAUCCAUGGAUUUGCUAAGGUGUCUUUUUACACGCUACCCCGACUUUUCGACUAAGAAACCACUGACUGAUCCAGUGGUGCUAAAACCAAGUGAGAGAUCUGUAAUGAAGAGAAUGUCAGUGAGAAAGAGCGCUAAGAGGAAAUCAAGAAUGAUGGGAAGAAAGAGAAGGAUGACAGUUGGGGCUAUCUUCCGUGACUCCUUGUAUAGACUAAUGGAGAAACUGCUCUCAGCCACUCCUCAUUUCAUUAGGUGUAUAAAGCCUAAUGUAGCAUGCAAGCCACGUGUUUUUGAUGAUUCGUAUGUGGAAAAGCAAUUAAGGUACACUGGUAUGGUAGAGGCCGUGAGGGUCAGAAAAGAAGGUUUCUCUUAUCGACCUUAUUUCUCCGAGUUUGUUCAAGACUAUAGAACCAUAGCGUUUCUUUUUACAGACACAAGCGUGAAAUUGUCAAAAGAAAACUGUAUUAAAAUAUUAGAGAAGGCACAAAUCACUGACUGGAAGAUAGGAAAGUCAAGAAUUUUUCUUCGCUACUAUCACAAAGAGAGACUGAACUCUCUCUUGCAUGCUCAGGAAGGAAGUGCUACGAUUAUACAGAAAGUUUUCCGUGGCUACAAAUCCAGGAGAAUAUAUGAGCCAUUGAGAACAAAGCAGACUCAAGAUAAGCUUAAGGUGGGACUGAUGAUGAAACUAGUGGCAGAACACAGCGAAAGAGCAUUUUCGCGUAUUGUUGAACUCAAUAGAGAUGAUGCUAUGAAGUCGGCCGAAAGGUUCGGCUAUUUAAAGAAAGAAAGAGAAGAAGCUGAAGGCAUCAAGGAGCCAACUGGAAGCAACAAAAAGAAACCAUUUAGAGCAGAAGGGAUCAAUGGAGUGAAAGUCCUACACGUUAGACCUGAAGACAUUCCAAGCAGAAAAGAAGGAGAGAGAAAGGAAUCGAAUAAUUCAAUCCCACCAACGAAAAGAAAAAUCGCUCCACCUGUACCACCACCUAAGCCUAGUCUUCAAGCACUUCUAAAAAGGAAGGAAGCGAAAGCUAAAAACUCUCCAACUACAAGCACGGCCCCUCAGCCUUCAUUAACUAAGAAGUAUUCAGCUAUAGUACCUCCAGUGACAAUAAAUGGGCCUUUGAGUAUAAAGCCUUCAUCGAUGCCAACCAUGCCUGUAUUCAAUGUAUUGCAACAAGACGAGGAGAUAGGAGACUACGCAGUUCCGUUCCAGAGAGUAAACAUUUCGUUUGGAUUCCCUAUACGCAGAAAGAGUAGCCCUGCAAUCUCAACACAGCAAGUGUCAUCUACUGUACUGCCAAUGCAGACAGGGCCAUCUCCAAUUCCCUCUUUUUAUGAAGAUGAUGAAGACAGCUAUGGCUACACGAUUAUGACCUUUCCAACUAAUCCUAGCUCCCCGGCAAAGAUAUGUACUAAAGAUGAUGGUGACAUAAGAGGGCCAAUGGGUCUAAGAGAAGAGACAAAAGACCCGACUUCUUUCAUUUCACAAAUAGACAGUAGUACUAGCUCGAGCAAUGACAGCGAUGACGAUUCCUACAUGGAUAUGACGCAUGAUAUCAAGCUGCAACACCUUCACGAUUUAGCUCAAGACAGCUCUCUUUAUAAAACCUCUUCCAUGCCUGAUAUUACACUAAAAAUUGACAGUGGAGCCUCAUCAUUUCGUUCUAAGGCUGGAUCUGAUUGCACGUCUAGUAACAUUGAUCUACAGAGUCUUGAGAAUUCCUCUACGAAGCCGCUUGAUGUCCCCCUCAUUCACAGACAGUCACAAAUGCAUUAUUUCAAUGGGGAAGUCGUUGAAGAGGAUUUCAGAAAGCCCCGAAAGAGAAGAUUGGGUCAUUUUUUCAGGAGGAAAGACCCACGAAGAACAAGACACUUCAAAAACAGCGAGGGCGAUAUCAUUCCUGGUUAUCUGCCCGGGCUUUGGGAAAAUGAUGCAAAACUGAUGCUCUCUUCUACGCCUAAAGGAACAUACCUUCUAUAUACUGGCUAUAAUGAGUCGGAUAACUUUACUUUUAAGCUCUCAGUCUCGCUUGGAGGCGGAGUGCUCUGUCAGGUUUGGUCGUGCGAUAUAGACACUAGUAGAGGGUUGUCCUUGAUGUCUGACGAGGAAGAGAACAGGUUUAAUAAUUUAGAAGAGCUUGCCGAAUAUUACAAAUAUAAUCCGGUCAAUAAAGGUGGACUAAUCCUUAAAGAUCCUUUUUUAAUCAGCAAAAAAAUUCGUCAAAAGUUUAUGUAACUUUGUAUGUAUAUAUAUAUAAUAACAUUUAAUAAUUGUUUUGUUUGUUUGUAUAAACAUGACAGUAUUUAUUUUCUUGGUAAUAAGUUUUGUUGUCAUAGCUUGGUGCCAAUAAUUUGCCGUUGUUCUACGGAUUUCUCCGUA